AUGAUUUCUUCUUCUCCUCCCCAAAUAUCAAAUCUAAUUUUAGAUGAUUCAGUCACAAAUAUAGAACUCCAUACACCAUAUACUCCUUGUGUAAUAAGAUCAAGUGUUUUAUUCUUACUUCAAGCUUGUUCUGCAGGAAUCAAAAACUCCAGGAUUUUCUCUUCUUCAUCAUUCGUGAUGGUAUCUUGUGAUGGACGAGGUACUAUUUCUUCCUUGAUCUCCUCAUCAUUAGAAUCCAUGAGCAUCAGGCAGACUUUGGUUAGGGUUGGAAGUUGUUAAAAGAUUGAGGGUCACAUCCUAAUCGUCCCCUAAUGUUCCUUCCCCAAAUAAAAACAUUUCAUAUUUUAGACACAGCCAUGCUAUGGGCAGCCUGCAUGAUAUUCUGUUGAUAAAUAUCCUUAAAGAUACUUUAUUCUUUUUGGAAUGUUUUGUUUGGCUCCCUUUCCAGUGCUGAGUUGUCCU